UCGACGGGAGAGGGAAGAGUUCGAUAGAAAGCAGAUGAUUGCUUAUGGCUGAUUCAGAAGCGAGACGAAAGUAAUUUCAAAGCGCUUGUAAUUGAUGCUAACCGUCGUAAUUAAAACUAAAAGCUUUACAUCAGUCUCCUCGGCGAAAGGUGUUACGUGUAACCAGGUUAAUACUCUCGAACGUAAGAAAGUCGAGGUCGUAACCGUUUCUCCCUUGCUGCUCAUCCAACGAUUCUCCAAGCUUUUGGAAUUUCAUGGACGAAGUAGAGAUCCUGUUCCGUGUGGUCGCCGAAAUUGAAUCAUAUUUGCUCGGAGAUAGACAAAUCCAAUCAAAAUCAUUUUAAAGUUUAGACAGCGGAUCGGAGUACAGUCUAGACCAGGGAUGAACAACAUCUUCUCCUGUACGGGCGGCCGCAUAGUCCUCGCUAUAUCUAAUCCGUUCCCUCGCUAGUUAAAUAAGUUCGCUAGCCACCACUCCAAGCGACUAUCCAUAAAUAGAGAGAUACAAAAGCCGAGGUACACCGGUGUCAAGUAGUGGGGAUCGUCUUCUUUCGUCUUAUCGAACAGGCGAGUAGUAGGGGUGUGGACCGCGAUCCACGGGCCACUAGUUGCCUGCCUCUGGUCUUGAUGGUAUGGCUGUGCGUGGACCGUGGGACGACGUUAAAAAUUGACGCAACCUAACGUUACCGGUCAUGAAAGAUUCAUCCUUCGAAACUAUUCGAAAUAGGAAGAAACGUGUGCGCCAAUCUGUAUUUCGUAAAUCUAGGCGCGUAUUCAAAAAAGAAACUAAAUCUCGAUAUCUCGACAACGAAAUCUAUGUUAGAACUUAUUUACGCCUAAGGCAACGGCUCAAUACUUUCGUCACUUUAGUCCGUAACAGUAUUCCUUGUACACUCCUUGCUGAUUUCUUUGUUCGUUUUACUCGUUUUAUCUGUUUUACCGAUCGCAUUGAAUGUUACUAAAUAUUGAAAGAAAUCAUACACUCUGUCUACUCCUUGAAUUUCUUCUCUUCGGAUAAUACGUACAACUCGACGUCAACGGAAACAGACUGAGACUUCAAACGCUCCAUCUACCGAAAAUAAUUUUAUUACCAACGCUCUGUGCAAUCGAUAAAACAGGUUUAAGUGGCGAUCAAAUAAAUCGAACGAUUUCGAAUGAAAAACGAUCGACUCGAUGCUUGGCGACGUUCGAGUUCACCGAUUAUGAUACACACCCGCGCACGCUCUCUGUGACACGCAUGUACUUACGACGUAUAAGUGUGCAUGCAUGACGUAUAUAAUACGCCAGCGUGUCGUCAAUUCAUCGUGGACUUUAUCCGCCGCUUCGGAUGCGUCUAUACCUGUCCGGCGCAAGCAGUAACGUGCAACUUUUAUUCAGGCGUGUAUACGCGUUUGCUGGAACCCCGUGAUAUUUCUACCGUAGAAUAAUUUUUUGCAAAAAGUUUAUCCUAAACAUAUACGCAUGUAUAGAAGCGAAUUCAUCCAGCUAAAUGUUAAAUACACGUUAAUUAAAAAUUUAAUUCGUAUCGCUGGACAUGAGAAUAAGUUAUCAAAUAAAUUAAAGGGAAAUAACCACAAUUUGUUUUCGAUCCCAUCGACAUUUCGAUUCCUUGUGAAACGAAAUAAUCGAAACGAUUAACGGUAAUGCUUUUCGAAUUUUCCAAAUAAAACGUAAUAUUUCUUCGUCUUACUAUGAUAAUAACAAUUAAAGGAAUAUAUCUAAGUCGUAAAAAGACCUCUAUAAACAUUCACAUUGGAAACUUUCCUUAUCGCAAUUACUUGAGAUUACAAGGAACGUUUCUUCUUCCUUCUUCUUUUUGAUUUUUGCGAAAGACAAGGAUUCAAGAGAGGGAGACAGAAACCGAGAGAACCCGAAGAGUUCUCUCGAAGAGAGUGAGUCACGUUCGUUCGUGAACGAGCACGUUUUUCCUAGUCGUUCGUUGACCGAGCUCGGGCAAUUGUCUGUGCAUUCGUUUGCUCCGUUUGCCAUACGUCGUAACUCCACGGUGCGCGUUGAGUUUCAAUGUGAAAAUUGCGAGAAACAAAGAAACAAAAAGUAAACGUUUAACGUGCUUCCAUCUCUGUCUUAAGAAGAAUGUAUAAAAAGACGAACGUUCAUCGAAUGGCAAACGACACGAUCGUCAAGUUUAUCCAACUCUAUCGAUCUUACGAGUGCCUCUGGAACGUCUCCUCCGAGGAUUAUGGAAGCAAACUCUCGCGUAAUGCCGCAUUUGACAUGAUAUCACGGAAAAUGCAAAUACCGGGUUUCGGGCCGCGCGAAGUCGCCCGGAAAAUAAAGAACCUUAAAUCGGCUUACCAACAGGAAGUCAAGAAGAUCGAAAAAAGUGAAGAAAAACCAGGGACAGGAGGUGCCUAUCGACCGAGAGUCAUAUGGUUCGAUCUGCUCGACGACUUUCUUCGAAAGUCUGAGAAACCGUCGCAAUGUGACCUCCAAUUCGAUAACGAUCGAUCGAAUGAUCGAUCGAAAACGAUCCGGCAAACUUUCUACAGCGAUAAUCAAGGAAGAAACGUUACAAAAGUUAUAAAGAAAAAUCUGUCUACGUACGAAUCCAGCUCGGAGAUCGAAAGCAGUUCUGCUUCAAAAGGAAAGAGAUCAUCGGUCGUCGAUGUCUUCCUCGAUGAGAGACGAAAAAGGAGAAGAAAGAAGGAAGAUAACGCGAUUAAAGUCGAUGAGUACAAAAGUUUUGGCAAAUAUGUAGCUGCGAGCCUUGGAAGAAUGCCCUUCGAAUACGCGGUCUCAGCUGAAACUGAAAUUCAUAGUGUCAUAAUAAAGUAUAAGGUUUACGCUAUGCGAAAAAUCGUUUAUCCGACAGCAAAAACAAUGACGACGACCAUCAGUACUCAUCGUUCCUCCACUUACCUACCACCUUCGAACUUUUCUUAAACACUUCGUCAUCGCACCAAAGAAACGCGACCUACAUAUAUAGUUCCAUCGACAGCAUCGCAUUCGACCAGAGAGAAUCUUUAUCGUAUUAGCACUGAUCAGCUAAUGGUGUGACAUCAUCUAUACUUUUACCUGUUCCUUUCCCCUUCCGCCGUUCUCAUUUGAAAAAGGAGAAGUUAUUUUUUCUUUUUCUACAUCUGUCGAUAAAAUAAAUUUAAAAUUUAAUAUAUAUUCUGUAACAUAUCAAUUGCAUUAAAAAAACACACACACACGUUUUCUUUAAGCGCGAUAAGACAAGGUUAAAUCUCGUUGAAAGAAUCGUUUCGAAACUCGAAGGUCACGACUUAUAUGUAAUAACGAAAUGUUCCUGCAAAUUAAUUAAAAAUGAAGAUGUUUAGAAAAUGUA